AUAAGGAGAGUAAAGUGGAGAAAGGAAGGAACUACUUGUGAGAGAACUCUGAGGCACAGCCAUGGCUCCUUGCUCACUCUGCUGCAUCAUCCUGCUGCUGUUCCUUCAAAGCAAUGCGGAGCACUAUUUGACGGUACGUCCUGGGAAUACAGUGGUGUCUGUGGGAUCCUCAAUACAACUAAACUGCUCAAUCAAUUGUCCCUUGGGUAACGUAGAGUGGAAAGGGCUUGACAAUGCUGAUAAUGGACAAUAUAUUGCUCCUGGAUACAGUGUCCAGAUCUUAAAAAAUAUAAGUAUCCCCAUGGAAGGCACCAGGAUCUGUGUGGGGUCUUGUCCUGGCAGCUCCAAGCGUUACCAGAAAACAGCGCAACUCCAUGUAUAUGCUUUACCAAAAACUUUGCUCCUAAGCAACACCAUGAAAAAUGGCGUCCGUUAUCUGAACUGCCUAGUAGAGCGUGUGUAUCCUCUACCUGACAUCAUCUGCUACAGAGGACCCGAAAUAUUGGGAGAACCCAUUGACCAAAAUGAGAUUCCUGAUGUGGAUGACCUACAUAAUGUAACAUGGAGCUGGGAAAUCCCUGAGGAGGACUGGAUUCCAGGGACCUUAUACAGAUGUGAGGCACAAGUGUCUCUAAUGAAUGAAGUGUUGACAAGAGAAGGAACCUUGUAUAUAUCAAGCAAAGUAGAGACCACCAGUGCAGUCCCUGCUUCUUCCAUCUCCCAAAUCACAUCUACCCCAUCAUGGAAGCCUGAGACACCUUAUGUAACAACCACUACUAGCAGAUCUCCAAAUCCUCAUACCAUACAGGGGAGUACUACAACUGUAAGUCACCCAUGGACCAUUCCUGGAGAAUAUACAAGGAAUGCUACAAUCAGUACAGUCACCAUCCAGAGCACACUGCCUGCUCCAUCAACGGCUCCUGCCAAACCCACUGACUUAGUAGAGACCACCAGUGCAGUCCCUGCUUCUUCCAUCUCCCAAAUCACAUCUACCCCAUCAUGGAAGCCUGAGACACCUUAUGUAACAACCACUACUAGCAGAUCUCCAAAUCCUCAUACCAUACAGGGGAGUACUACAACUGUAAGUCACCCGUGGACCAUUCCUGGAGAAUAUACAAGGAAUGCUACAAUCAGUACAGUCACCAUCCAGAGCACACGGCCUGCUCCAUCAACGGCUCCUGCCAAACCCACUGACUUAGAUGUCCUUUAUCUUACGUGGACAAUUCUUCCAGCUAUAGGUGUGGUUGGGAGCUUUGUACUUUCUCUACAAAUCUAUAGACAUCUGAACAAGAAAGGAUUCUUUGAACCCAAUCAUAUGGAAUUUUCAAAAGUCAAAAAAGACAUCCAAUCCCUAGGAAGCUUGCAGGCAGUACUAUCUUAUGAUAGAUCAACCAAAAAGGAGUUUUCCAUGUGCUAAUUGAUUUUUGCUGUUAGCAAACCUAUAGAGGUCUACUGAUCCAAACUGUGAUUAACCUAAGGUACAGGCAGCAACUACUGAGACGAAUAAUUUAAUUUGACGUGAAUGUAAAAUACUUGUAAUAUAAAGAAUAUAUAUUUAUAUAUAAGAAUGUCCAUACAUUAGUAUAGACUCCUCAUUCCAUGUAAAAUAGACACAGGAAAGUCCCCUCUGGACAUCAGAACAUGGGACGUGGCAUCCUCUCUGGGCAUUAGGACAUGGAACGUGGUAGUCUCUCUGGGCAUUAGGACAUGGGACAUGGUACCCUCUCUGGGCAUUAGGACAUGGGAUGUGGUAUCCUCUGUGGGCAUUAGGACAUGGGAUGUGGUAUCCCCUCUGGGCAUUAGGACAUGGGACGUGGUAUCCUCUCUAGGCAUUAAGACAUGGGAUGUCAUAUCCCCUGUGGGGAUGGAAUGUUGUAUCCUGGAAUUGGAGAAGCACAAACAGCCCGUAAAGUUGUCAUGGUUGACCUGGAUUGAUAUCUGACCAAAAACAUAGAGUUUGUAUGUUUUAUUCAUGUUUGCGUGUGUUUCACUGAAUGCACCAGAUUCUUUCAGUGAUCCAAAAACUUACUGAUAGGUUAGGUUCUGUUUACAUCUGCUUUGGAGACACCAUUUUGAAUCUUCAUUGCAGGAUUCCAUCAUAUUUGCAAAAAAAUAAAAAUUGUAUAGCAUGCAUUACUUUUUCCAGGGAAAUGGGGCCUGUUAGUAUCAGUCUUGUGAAGGAUCCAUUACAUCUUGAAUUACAUC